AUGACUCUCCUCCAAUUUUUACGGCAAGCCUGCCAGUUACACCACCGGUUCCUCUCGGGCACACUAUCUGAGCCUCCAAUUUAUGUAAUCGGCAAUCCAUCCGCCGAUCUCGACUCCAUCGUCUCGGCGAUCAUCUACUCCUACUGCGCGAACAAGCAUCUCCCGAUCAAAAGUCCACGGCCCCAUAUCCCACUCUUAAACUUACCCAAUUUUCCCGCUGGGACAGAGUUGUAUCGUCUAAGACCGGAAUUUUCAGCUGCACUAUGGUCAUCAACCAAUUUCCCCACCUUGAAAAGUGAAGAGCAAUUCGAGAACACUCUACAAUCUGCAGGGAGUUUCCUCCGCGAGCAUGUUAUGACCGUCGCGGACUUCGCGCAGUCACUCCAAGACCAGCACGUGUGGAAACAGAUACUCGCCGAUGCAACGCUGGUAGACUGGAACGCGUUCCCGCGCCCCUCGGCCGAUAAGGGCUCGGGAUCCCUGACGGGGUUAUCGGGCGUCUCCUUCCGGACUGUUGGAUGUAUCGACCACCACAUCGACGAGGACUCAAUGCCAAGCCCUGACGAACUACCAGAAGGCCAGCCGAUGAUUAUUCAGCCGGGGCCUGGGUCGUGUGCUUCGCUUAUCACGCGAGAGUUGCAACAGCGGAACCUCUGGGACGAGACGCCGGAGAUGGUGCAGGUUGCGAAGCUCGCUCUUUCUGCGGUGCUGAUUGAUACCUCGAACCUCACUGCGGAAGGCAAAGUGACCGAUGUAGAUCGUAUGGCGGUCGAAUUCCUGCAAUCUCAAAUCGAGCGGGGGUCACAAGCUGCAGUGAAUUCUACAGGCAAUUGGGACUUAGAGGUGUUCUACAAGAGCAUCCUUCAUGCUAAGCAGAAUAGUCUCGAUCUUCUUACUUUGGAUGAAUUGUUCGAACGUGAUUACAAAGACUGGACUGAGACAUCACAGUCUACGGGGAAGACCGUGAAAAUGGGCUUCUGCUCUGCUGUUAAGCCUAUGCGAUGGAUUGUGCAGAAGGCGGGUGGUCCCGAUAAGUUCCUCGAUGACGUGCGCUUGUUUGCGGCGUCUGCUGGGAAAGAGUUGGAUGUCUUUGUUAUUAUGACGGCGUUUACGGGCACUCAGGACAAGUUUUGUCGCGAGCUGUUCGUCGGUGUGAUGAGUGACAAUGAAUCAGCUGCUACGGGUGCCAAGAGGUUUGUUGAGCAAUCCUCUCACCAUCUUGGGCUCAUAGAAUGGUCUCCGCUCGAUGGGGAGGAUAUCCCUGAGCUGACCGGAGAUUGUCUUUCUACAUUAAACGACGAAUCACCCAUCUGGAUGAAACUCUGGGUGCAAACCAACGCGGCUGGGAGUAGGAAGCAGGUUGCGCCAUUGUUGCGGGCAGCCAUAGCUAAACUAUAA